GUAGGCAGAAGGGAAGAAGGUAGAGCCUGUAUCAUGGCGGAUAGAGACAGUGGAAGCGAGCAAGGCGGAGCGGCAAUGAGUUCCGGCGCUAGUUCGCUACACCCGGCGUCAGGAGCAGGCGGCUCAGUCCUUCAGCACGAAACGCAAGAACUGGCGUCUAAGCGCGUCGACAUCCAGAACAAGCGCUUCUAUCUGGACGUAAAGCAGAACGCUAAGGGCCGCUUCCUGAAGAUAGCGGAGGUCGGGGCCGGCGGCAACAAGAGUCGCCUGACGCUGUCCAUGUCCGUGGCCGUGGAAUUCCGCGACUACCUGGGAGAUUUCAUCGAGCAUUACGCCCAGUUGGGACCCAGCAACCCGGACGUGGCGCAGGACGAGCCCAGGCGGGCGCUAAAGAGUGAAUUUUUAGUCCGAGAGAACCGUAAAUACUACAUGGAUCUCAAAGAGAACCAGCGGGGCCGAUUCCUGAGGAUUCGCCAGACCGUCAACCGCGGGCCCGGCUUGGGAUCGACCCAGGGUCAAACCAUCGCUCUCCCGGCGCAGGGACUCAUUGAAUUCCGCGACGCUCUCGCCAAACUCAUCGACGAUUACGGAGUGGACGAGGAACCGGCGGAAUUACCCGAGGGCACUUCAUUGACUGUGGACAACAAGCGCUUUUUUUUUGACGUGGGCUCCAACAAGUACGGGGUGUUCAUGAGGGUGAGCGAAGUCAAACCCACCUACCGCAACUCUAUCACCGUCCCCUUCAAAGUCUGGGGCAAAUUCGGCCACACGUUCUGCAAAUACUCCGACGAGAUGAAGAAGAUCCAAGAGAAACAGCGGGACAAGCGAGCCUCGGAGCAACCACAGCAACAACAAGAGGGGGACGACGGGGAGGACGAUUGAUAACCGGCCCUUCAUUCCCCACAAUCCCUCCUCCUCCUCCUUCCUUCCUCCUUUAUGAACUUGCAAAAAGAGAAAAAAUAUAUAUAAUAAUAAUAAUAAUAAUAAUAAACUGUUUAACUCAGAGGGAGCACCGCCCACCGCCGAUCCUCCACAAAAACUGACAGUUUGUGACUUGUCUCCUCCCCUUCCUCCCCCCCCAUCAUCGCUGGAUGUUGUCCACUCACCCACCGUAUAAACAGUAAGCAGCUGCUAAAAAAAAAAACAAAACAGAGAGAGAGAGAGAAAAGUAAUAACAUUAUAUAUGAACUGUGUUUCCUACUUGAUUAAAAUGUAAAAAAAAAAA